UGUUUUUGUUCUUGAAUUCUGAAAUCUCGUUGUUUCAAAAAAGAAAACCAAGGAACAGGAACGGAGCACACACAAUGAGCCCACAGCGAAUGCAACAGCAAGACGAAGCACACGAGGACGACGUCGCGCACCGGCCAAUCCCGGCGGCGUGGUUUGACGUCGACGAGCCGCUGUUCGACCGUAGCUUCCGCGCGUCGGGCGAGGCGGGCGCGGCGAACUUCACGGCGGACGAGCUGGACGGUGAUGACGAGGCGACGCGUUUGAAACAGAGCAACGCCAGCUCCAGCUCCAGCUCCAGUACUGCAGCUGCUGGCUCGACGUUGUUGACACGAGCGCAGCAAAAGGAGCUUGCAGACGCAGAAAUGUGCAAGCAGCGCAAGCAGAUUAUGGACCGCUACUUUGGCCGCACGAGCGCACCGUGGGACACAAUGCCGGACAGCCUGAAGCAACGCCCAGUCGGCGACUUGACAAAAGUGCUGCCAGUGGAGCUGCUCUUCAUCAUCUUCCGCUCGCUCGACACACAGUCACUUGCGCGCUGCAGUCAAGUGUGCAAAAGCUGGCAGCGACUCAUCGACGCCGACGUUUGUGGAUUGCGCCUGUGGCAACUCAAGCAAAAUUCGACGCAGUGCGAUCGAGAAGCCAAGCCACCAUGCUGCCUCACUAUCAGCCAUAGCAUGCCCCGUCACAGCGCAAAGUCCGUGUAUGCCCUGUCGCCCGACCGCAGCAGCGCUCUUGGCCGCGACUGGUCUGCUGGUUUCGCCGCUCUCUCCACCGCCGCUCCGUCCAUCCCUCUUCCGUCGCACUACGAGUCUCACCAACCCUAUUGCAUUGCCUUUGACCGCGUCACCCAAUCUCUGGUGAAUGAACGCAUCCUUUCGUCUGUCGCGCCGGAUUUGGAGGCUGGAACCGAGACGCAAGUUGAGCGACUCCGCGCCUCGGCUCUGAGCAAGCGCACCGUGGCCUGCAUUUAUGACACACAGACGCGGUGGGCCGCCGGAAUGCUGUUUUCGGUCGCGAAACGCCAAGUGUCUGAGGACACGAGUCGGCCUCAAACACCUGCUCCGAUCGAGCAUCGUGAUCUGUUCACUGAUGACACGUGGGCCCAAACGUCCUGCUCGCGCAUUCCUUACAUUGGAUCGGGUUUCAACACUCCCGAGGGCUGCGCGAGUCCGCCCGCUUUGCUUGAAUCCAGCCGAGUGACUCGACCUUAUCCUGCCGACGACGAAGACGUGCCUCCUCCACCGCAAGUGCGUCAGAACUUGCAUUUGACAUUGGCGGCAUCCCGCAGUCAUAGUUCUGCUCCGUCGGCGCAUCCACCAGCGACGGCGACGCGAGUGGCCCCACCGCCACAAUCAGCACAACCCUCGGGACAGACUUCCCUGCAGCUCGAAAUGUUCCCUGUUGGAGCCUCGCUCAACUUGGACGUGAGUGUAUGGGGUGAACUGCUGUCUGUUUUCUAACAAGGCAGCCAUGCUGCUGAGCUGUUGAGCCAGUGCUCGUGUUAACAAUGUUGGGUUUUGUUUCUUGAAUGGUUUUUUUGUUUGUUUGUUUGGUCGAGGUGGGGUUGUUAAUCUUGUGGUUUUGUUAUUGAUUCGGUGUAUAUUUUGAAUCUGCUUUUGGAUGCUUCACGUUUGGUGUUGUGGAGGUGGUGUACGCGUUGCACCGUCUGUCAUCAUUACAUGUUUUUCCUUUCUUUGGAACAAUGAAUGUUGCGCCG